AUGAAGAAAUGAAGAAGAAAUGCUCGAGGAUAAAACAAACAAAUCAGUUGCGUAACCAAAGUCUGCAACCUGGCAUUCAUGUUACCCUGCAGGGCAUCUCGACAACCCAUCCAAGAAUACUAUACUCCGAGGUAUCUACUACUUGACUUGACCCUUUGCAACCAGGCGAUGAAGCCCUUUCUGUGUCGUCUUCGUGCCAGAUCGUCCGGCCAUGGAGAACCUCAACGGGAAUACAGAAAGCGCCCCCUCUCCAAAGCAGGGGAAUGAGACGUCAUUGUCGGCAACAGUCAAGCUAUCACCAAAGAUAGCAGGGUGGUGCGUUGCCCUGACGUCUGCGAUUCUGCUCUACGGGUACGAUCUUGUCAUUGUGGGAAAUGUCUCCUCCAUGCCUGAGUUCCAACGAGAUUUCGGUCGAGAACUACACGGGCAACUGAUCAUCCCAUCACUCUGGCUCGGCCUGUGGAAUGUCGCAAAUAUGAUCGGGGGUGUCUGCGGCGCCCUCUCGGGGGGCGUUAUCCAAGACGCGCAAGGACGGCGCGGGUCGUUGGCGACGGCAAGUGUUGUCUCCGCGAUAGCAGUCGCCAUAGCAUACGUCGCCAACAUCCCCAGCUACCUCGCCGCGCGCCGGGGGGUGUUCUUCGUCGCCAAAGUGGUGCAGUCGUUUGCCGUGAACAUGGGCAUGUGCACAGCCCAGACAUACAUGUCCGAGGUGCUCCCCCCCCGGCUGCGCGGCCCCGUUCUCGCCUUCUUCCCCAUUUUCACGCUUCUAGGCCAGUUAAUCGGAAGCGUUGUCGUCUACGCAUCCCUGCAUAAGCCAGGCCCGCAGGGAUACCGACGCUGCUUCGUUUCCCAGUGGCCCUUCUCGGUUCUCCCGCUUGUCGUCGCGAUAUUCAUCCCCGAAAGCCCGACCUAUCUCGUUCGGAAAACCCGCCUGCACGCCGCGCGCCAAUGCCAGCGCCGACUGUCUCCCCCAACCGCGGACCCUGACGCCGUCGUCGAGCAGAUCCGCUUCUCGAUCGAGCGGCAGCAUCAGGCCGCCGCCUCCCGCGCCACGGCAGCAUCGGGAUACCUGGAUUGUUUCCGGGCCACGAACCGCCGCCGCACGGCCAUUGUGCUGUUCUCCAACCUGGUUCCGCAGCUCUUCGGCUUGACCCUCUUAGCAAAGGCGAGCUAUUUCCUGCAGGUCGUCGGUCUGGACGCCGACCACAGCCUCUUGUUCCUGCAAGUCAGUCUUGCGCUCGGACUGGUCGCGAACAUCUUGAGCAUACUCGCCUUGGCCAAGUUCGGACGAAGACCCCUGUACCUCUUCGGUCUGGCCGGCUGCACGGUGCUCUGGACUGCAAUGGGGGUCGCAGGGUGCUUCUCGGGCGUUGCCACAACCUGGUACACCGCAGCCACAAUGAUGCUACUCAUCGCCGUCGUGGGCGUCAGUACAUGGCCGGCUUCGUACGCCGUCAGUGCCGAGGCCUCGUCCCUCCAGCUCAGAGGCAAGGCGCAGGGCUUGGGCUGGCUUGUGAAUAGUCUUUCCAACGGCGUCUUUGGCCUCGUGCUCCCGUAUAUCUUCAACAACGACCAGGCGGCUCUCCGGGCAAAGACGGGCUUCGUGUACACGGGUCUCUGCGGCAUCGCUCUGGUAGGCGCAUGGAUGCUUAUUCCGGAAAUGAAGAAUAGGACCCCCGCGGAAAUCGAUCGCAUGUUCGAACUCGGACUGCCGACGCGCAAGUUCAAAGCG